CGGAGAGAGAUCCGUGGCAGCAGCAGCAGCAGCAGGGUCUCAGCCUACACAUAGCUUACAAGCUCCAAAAAAGGGGUUGCCAUAUAGAAGCCUCAUUCCACUUCAAGCCUAUUCUUCUCUUUUUAAUCCUAUUAAAGAAUUCCUCCCCAGAUACUGGGACAGCUCCAAUGCCGGGUCCUACCCAAACGCUGUCCCCAAAUGGAGAAAACAACAACCACGACAUCAUUCACGAUAAUGGAAGCAUCAUUCCUUUUAGGAAGCACACGGUGCGGGGAGAACGCUCCUACAGCUGGGGAAUGGCGGUCAACGUGUACUCUACCUCGAUAACCCAGGAGACUAUGAGCAGACAUGACAUCAUUGCAUGGGUGAAUGACAUUCUUUGUUUAAACUACACGAAGGUCGAACAGCUAAGUUCAGGUGCUGCCUACUGCCAGUUUAUGGAUAUGCUCUUCCCAGGAUGCAUAAGCCUAAAGAAGGUCAAGUUUCAAGCCAAGCUGGAACACGAGUACAUUCACAAUUUCAAACUGCUGCAAGCCUCAUUUAAAAGAAUGAAUGUCGAUAAGGUCAUACCAGUAGAAAAGCUGGUUAAAGGACGGUUCCAAGACAACCUGGAUUUUAUUCAGUGGUUCAAGAAAUUCUUUGAUGCUAACUAUGAUGGCAAAGAAUAUGAUCCUAUGGAAGCCAGACAAGGACAAGAUGCCCUGCCACCCCCUGAUCCCGGUGAACAGAUCUUCAACCUGCCAAAAAAGUCUCAUCAUGCCAACUCUCCCACAGCAGGAGCAGCAAGGUCAAGUCCUAUUGCAAAACCAGGCUCCACAUCAUCUCGCCCAUCAUCUGCAAAGAAAGCAGCACCCAGUUCUUCAGUAAAAAGUGAUAAAGAUUUGGAAUCACAAGUUGCACAUCUUAAUGAACAGGUGCAUUCAUUAAAAAUUGCUCUAGACGGAGUGGAAAAGGAAAGAGACUUCUACUUUGGAAAGCUAAGGGAAAUUGAACUGCUGUGCCAAGAACAUGGACAAGAAGGUGAUGACCUUGUCCAGCGGCUAAUGGAUGUGCUGUAUGCAGCAGAUGAACAGGAGGGCCAAACAGACCAUCAUGAUGGCGAUGAUCACGACCAUGUUCAGGAGGAUCCACAGCAGCAAGACGAGUACUGACCCUCACCUCCUCUCUUCACCCACCUCACUGUUGUCAUUUCACGUGGAACUUUCUUUCAAGAGAGCAAUGAUGUGUGGCCAGUCACUCUCGGCACAUCCCUACCAUGUAAUGUACUAUAGUGAGCGCCAGCAAACCACUGCAUUCUGUACCAGUUACUUUCCCAAGGCGUGUUUACAGAAGUUAUUCCAGCCCAAGCAAAAUUGAAAGGCAUGGGCUACUGGGCAGCAGCUUCUACCACUUGACUGUUUCAAAUUGUUUUCAGAUUUUUUCCCAUAUUUUUUUAUUUAUUUGUAAUUGAGAUAUUUCCUUGUUCCAAACUGCUUGCUUCUAAUUGUAAUAUCGUACAAUAUUUAUAUAUACAUGUCAUACAUAGGAACCAUCACUACCCCGUAUCACGAAUGUAAAAGUGCUAAGUUAAGCUAAAAAAAAUACAAAAAAAAAAAUUUAGGAAAACAUACACAUGUCCCAUGUUAACGUAUCAUGUUAAGCAUAAAGGGUUGCUGGCAUGUAGCUGAGAAUGCGUUUGCUUGUUUUAGGGGGUAACAUUUUGGUUAGUAUAUACUAAAGGGAACUAAUUGCACUCAGUAUGUGAAGAUCUUAUUACUAUCCUACAUAUAGCAAGGAUUAACCUAUUCAAUGCCAUAUGUCUCCCAAUAUCAAAAGAAUGCAGGAGACACUUGUUCAAGGUAAUGCGUUUGUUCCAAGGUCUUCCAUGAUGUCAGGAUGUUCUUUCAUCUUGUGCAAGCUAAAACCUUAGAUUCCUGAGCUGCAUAUAUUUUUGACCCCUAAAAUAUUCAAUGCUUCCCGGUACAGCUGUUUUGUCAAAAUACACAUUUUAUUAAUAUUUUUUCUAAGAGUUUAUUACAUUUUUAUUUUGUUAUUGUUGAAGUAGUAGAAAACCAUUUGCAAUACAUAUAGUAGUUAUGGGAUGUUGGUGUCGGACUUAAGCAUGCAGGGCUCAUGCAGCAGAGGAUCUAUUGUGGAGGUACAGAUGGGAUAUUAUAUGCAGUAUACUUUUUUUUUUUUUUCUUUAGUAUAACUACAUACUCGGAUGUUGUUUUACUGUUUAAUACUCUUGACUUAUUGAAGUAAAGAACUAGUUAAUCUUCCUAAGUUUUUUAUCAGACAGUUGUGGAAGGCUUUGGAGCCACCAACAUUUCCCAGACCAGUCCGUCACAAAUAUUUUUGUUUUUGGAUGAGGCUGGAUAUGACAUAAUAGUGGCAUCAGAUUGGCCAGACAAUGACAUUAGAUUUUUUUUUGUGCCAAGGUAAGAGUUAGAACACACAUAGAAACUAUCAUGUAAAAAAUAUACAGCAACAUUACUUCUCUAGAAAUACAUAUAGUCACUUAAUUGACAUCUACCUAAGCAUAAAAUGCAGUAAUUCAAUGUCAGCAGCAAUAUUAUUGGGCUAUGCUUGUUAAGCCAUUGUAGUGCACUAUAUUUCUCUGAAUGCAGUAUUAAUAGACUACACCAGUAAUAAUAUAAUCUGUCCCACAUAUGUACUACCUCUACUGUUUAUCAGAUGGUUGUCUGGCUUAUCAAAUACCUUGAUGACUAUCUUCUCAGCAAGCAUCAUGGAAGCUAGUAGAUUCUCUGAUUGUCUCUGUCCGAUGAAACCAUUUGGAAUACAAACCAAUAUUCCUAAAUAUGUAGAAUAUUAAAGCUCUUACAAUUAGUGAUGUUGUUUUCGAAAAGCUAUAACUGGGCAGAUAUCUCCCGAUGAGACUCCGGCCUAACCCUAUGGAAAAAGCAUGAGGUUUAUCACAUGACUGAUGCUAUUGAAUCUAGUGAAUUUUUAUGCUUCAUCAUUCUGAGAGAUAGAUUAGCCCUCCAAAUGGUUUUCUCACCUGUGUAUAGAUCCUGUGGAAGCAGCAUGUUAAAAGAGCCAAGUGGAAAUGACUUGGAAACUGACAAUUAAGUGAGACUGUCUUCUAUGGAUUGUACUGCUGUAUAUUUACGAUGCCUGUUUUUCCUCUUUUUUUUUUUCAUUUUGAUUUUGUUUUCCUUGUUAUAUUUUUAUUUUUCUGGGUAGCACAUGAUACAAUGUUCUAUAUGAAAUGUAAACUGAAAGGAAUGUAAACAUAUGUAUUGUUAAAUAUAAAUAGGUAAUGAAGUCCUGAUUAGAUGGAAAGAUUCUUAUUCGGAUGUAUCACACUCAUUUUAACAUACACAUGACUUGUCGCAUGAUAGAGUAGUUUUUUUGUCUAUGAAUAUGUGAAUAACUUGCGUUUUAUCUUUUUACAUAUUUAAUUAAAAAAAAUGUAUAUGUUAUUAAAAAAAAUGCCAGUUUUACCAACUAUUCAAAAUGGGGCAAAUUGUAACUUUUGUCUGUCUGUUAUUAAACCACCACAUUCAUUUUAAAAUUCAUUUUGUCUAUUGCAGUUUCAGCAGAAAGGAUAUGAGAGAAAUUAUCAUGAGUGCUAUCUGAUUAAUAAAACACAGCCCAGUUAUGUA